CUUCACUUCUUCCGUUUCCUCCCCCCCCCCCCCGCUGCUGCGUCCAAUGCCAAAGCUUGUUACACAUGCCAUGCACAGGAGCGGGCCUUCCUCUCUCUCCUGAAGCUCCACAGGCCUUGCUGCUUCUUGGGUUCCGAGCCGCCGCCGGCCUCCCGCGCCUCCCUCUGCGGGCCUCUCUCUCUCUCGGAGGCAGCUGCAGUAUCCUCCCCUUCUGGGUCGGGCUGUUAGGCAUCCUCCGCUCGCCUGACCUGGGGCCUGAAGGAGCAGGAGGCGAAGUCGGGGCAGAAGCCAUCAGUACAUCAUGUGACAAUUGGAAGAUGAAAAAUGGGGGGAAACCCAGCAGAGGAUUGUUAGGAGGUGAGAGACAGAAAAAGAAAAACCAGAAGAGACUAAAACCUGGAGCAGAAGGGAAGAGCAGGAGGGGAUCACCUGCUUCUCAGCAUGAAAUCCAACACGUAAUGAAUCAAGAAAGAGAGAAAAUCCAGUGCCCUCCUCGUAGGAAAGGCCUGAGUCUUGAGCCAAGCUUUGAACCUCACUGGGAAAUGCACACAGAGAAGAAACUAUGUGAGAACUUGGAGUGUGGGAAUGGCUUCAGCAGGGGUGGAGCUCUUACUCUGAAACCGAGAAAUUGCACUGGGGCGGAAACAUAUAAAUGCUCUGUGUGUGGAAAGAGCUUCAGCCAGUGUGGAUAUCUUACAUUACACCAUAGAACCUACACUGGGGAGAAAACAUAUGAAUGCUUGGAGCGUGGAAAGAAGUUCAGCCAGAGUGGAAAUCUUAUGUUACACCAUAGAAGCCACACUGGGGGGAAACCACACAAAUGUCUGGUGUGUAGAAAGAGCUUCAGCCAGCAUGGAUAUCUUACAUAACACCAGAGAAGCCACACUGGGGAGAAACCAUAUGAAUGCUUGGAGUGUGGAAAGAGGUUCAGCCAGAGUGGACAUCCUAUAUUACACCAUAGAAGCCUUAUUGCAUAUGUGCAAACUCAUACCUAGUGUAAAUCUGUGUUUCUCAACCUUUUUGGAUUUUUGGAGUCAAGGACUGCUAGAUUCUUUGUGUGGAGUUUCAAGGUCCACUACAUUCUUUGUGCGCAGUUUCCCGGACCAGCAGUUAGUAAAGGGGUUUCAAGUUUAUCUGUCAGUACUAUAGCCUCAAAAAACCUUUGAAAAUCAGCGGUGGCAGCGGCUGGCUGGCCAUAGGUGGCCAGCGCUCUGGGGCUGGUGUGGCUGGCUGGGUGCUUGCACAGGCAGGCAGCAGUGAUGCUGAUUCUCAGAGUCAGCAGCAGGAAGAAGUUUUUUGAAAGUCAAAAAAACAACAACCCAAAAAUCUCUUUUCUCCCAAUUUGAGGCAGAGCAAUGGCAGCAAUGCUGAUGAACUAUAAUAGGACUAGCAAAUUAGCAGCAAUGCUGAGCAAAUGGAGGCCAUGGUGGACGAUGACGGGGGCAGCAGCAAGGCUCAGCACUGCAGCAAGCAAGGCAAUGAGCUCUCUCUGCUCUCUUCCACGAAGCAGCAGAAAGGAGGAAAAUGGCUCCUGCUGGCCCUUUAGAACCCUCCUGCAAACCCCUCUGAAAAUUCCCCCCAACCUUGCCCCUUAAUCCACCUCCCACUGGCCAAAGGGGGUUAAUCUGCCUCUUGUGGAGCCAAAUAUGGGCACCCUGUCUGCAGAUCAGAACAAUGGGAGGCAGAAAGGUGGGAAAUUCAAACCGAUGUCAAACUCAGAGUGCAGAAGGAAGGAGAAGGACUUUCCAGAAAUCACAAUAUGGAGGUCCAAAUCAACAAAACUUUCGGAGCCGAAACAGGGUUGAUUCGUUUCAGCUCCAAAACAUUCAGACUUGCCCAUCGGGCAAUUCGUUCUGUCUACAAAUCGCCGCAAACGGCCAAUUUUGGGCACAAGUCGAUUUGGGUACAAAUCGUUUCGCACAUCCCUAGACUGUGGUUCUACAUAGCAAGAGCUUUUAUAUGGUGUUCCUUAGGGCUCCAUUUUGUUUCCAAUGCUUUUUAACAUCUACAUGAAACCAUUAGGUGCAGGGUGCUCUCGGUACCUUGGUGAUACUGAAAUCUAUUUCUCCGUGUCACCUUAAUCAGGGAAUGGCAUAACUUCCCUAAUUACCUGCCUGGAUGCAGUAAUGGACUGGAUGAGGGAUAACAAACUGAGGCUGAAUCCAAACAAGAUGGAAGUGGUCGUUGUAGGGAGCUACAGCUCAGGAGACGGGAUAGAUCUACCAGUUCUGGAUGGGGUUACACUCCCUCAGAAGAAAUAGGGUUGCAGAUUGGGAGUACUUCUGGAUGCAACUCUCUCCCUGAUAUUUCAUUACAAGGAAUUACAAACUGUAAUUUGUGCAGAAUGCUGCUGCCAGGUUGGUUUCCGGGUUGUCCUGAAAAAACCAUAUCACUCAUGUUUUGAAAGAACUACACAGGCUGUCAAUGAGUUUCUGGGCAAAAUCCAUAGUGCUUGUUUGACCUAUAAAGCCCUUGACAACUUGCGCCCAGGGUAUUUCAGAGAACGCCUUCUUCUGCCACCUAUUAAGGUCAUCAGGGGAGGUUCGUUCAGGGUGCCACCUCAGACUCAGCCACUUCAGACUGGUGGCGACUCAGAGGCGAACCUUCUCUGUAGUUACCCCAGGGCGGUGGAACGCACUUCCUGCUGAGAUUAGAGCUGCUCCAUCCCUGAAGGCUUGUAGGAAACAACUGAAGACACAUCUCUUCUGCCAAGCUUUUUAGUUGAAUUUUAUUGAUUGAUUUAACUUCAAAUUUUAUAUGUUUUACAUGUGUUAGAUUUUUGGUUUGGUUUGUUAUUGUAAACUGCCUCUAGACUUUGGUAGUGGGUAAAUGUGUUAGUUAAAUAUAUAAUUUUUUUAAUUUUAAAAAAACCAAGCCCACACGUGGAGCAUCCAUGGUUCACAGCUUGAGCACCUGCUUUGCAUGCUGAAGGUCCUGGGUUUGGUCCCUGGCAGCCUCCUUAAAUAGGACUGAGAAACACUUCUGCCUGUAACCUUGCAGAGUUGCUGCCAGUCAGGGCCAAGCAAUGCUCCACAACUGUAGACCCCUACAGAUGUCAGCCUACAACU